UUUAUGUACCUUGAAUAAAUAUUGUAGAACGCUAGCUGACCGACUUAAAGAUACGCAUGCGCAUUAGGAGAAAAAAAAUGCCAACAUAUUCAAUGAAACGACACAAAAACAACAAACAGUUUGUGCAAGGUGUCGCCAUAUGCGAAGUGCAGCUGUUUUACGGAGCAACACGCGGGUUGCGUUGAAUCAUCGGUGAAAAAAUACGGAAUUUUCGAGUCCAUCGCGCGCCGAAAACCAAGAAUGUUGAAUCAAGCAGUCGUAGAAGCCCUUUACUCAGCAACAUACCUGGAAAACUAUCUAGACUGUGUAGAAGAUCUACCAUUGGAGCUUCAAAGGCAUUUGACACAUAUACGAGAAUUGGAUGCUACUUGUCAAAAUUAUAUCAGAGAAAUUGAUCAACAGCAGGAAGUACUUUCAAAAACUGGACUUGAUGCUGUUACUAAACAAACUGCUCUUGAGAAACUGGAACAAGCUCUUCUAGCAGCAAGGAGAAUUGGUGAUGACAAGAUUCAAAUUGUACAAACUGUUCAAGAUCUUAUUGAAAAUAAGAGUAGACAAUUGGAUACAGAUUUUAGAAAUUCAGAUUUUGGAAAAGAACAAGAAAAUAAUGAAUCCAGUAAAAAUUCCAAUCCAAAUGUUCAUGUAAAAUCCAGUAGCAAUGUUAAUAGUAAUGAGAAGUCAACAAAGAGGGCCAGGAGAACAAGGACUGAGACUUUGAUGGAGUCUGCACAAUCUAUGGAUAUGAUUGCCAUAUCAGAAAAUAGAUUAUCUAAUCCCAGCUCUUCGAAUGGUAGUCAAAAGAGAAACGCAGCAAAUGCAAAUGUUGGUAAAAAAAAGAAGAGGAAAUCCAAGACAGCUCAUCAAAAUCAGCAACGUGAAGACACACCACCACCAGUGGAUGAUGAAAAUACAAUAGAUCCUGAUGAGCCUACUUAUUGUCUCUGUGAUCAAAUUUCUUACGGGGAAAUGAUUUUAUGUGAUAAUGAUUUGUGCCCAAUUGAAUGGUUCCACUUUUCAUGCGUGUCUCUGAAUACAAAACCAAAGGGCAAGUGGUUUUGUCCAAAGUGCAGAGGAGACCGACCAAAUAUUAUGAAACCCAAAGCUCAAUUUCUUAAAGAACUUGCCCUUUACAACAAAGAGAAAGAGGAAAAAUCUUAGCAGUAGAGCAAAUUAUAAAAUUAUAUUAUUUGUAGGCAUUAAGUAUAAACUUUUUUUACAAAUCUUUGAAUAUUGUAUGUAUGUACUUUUUAUUGCAUAAGUGUAUAUCAUUGAGAAUUUUUUAAAUUGAUAUUUAUAUGUAUAGAUUGAUUUUUUACUCGCGCUGUAUUGUAAGAUGUCAGAAAAUUUAGACUCUAUCUUUACUUUUUACUAAUGUAUUAAACUGUUUUAUUGUUAACCAAGACAAGAAGACCAGAAGAAAUUAAACAAAUCAAUGCCAUAUUCUAGUGUUUUUAGUCAAACAAACCUUUCUUAUUUAACUUUCCAACGAAGCAAAAAUUCUGAUCUCGGUCGCUUCACCAUUCAUUCGAUAGUCGUAGGCACUUAGACAGAGCGCUGCAGUUCCGUAACGUGACGCAACAAAGAUCCUAUACUAAGUACUAAGUGUAUCUACCACAAGUAGCGCAAGUGCAAGCGAGAUGGAAAUAAAGAUAGUAGAGAUACCUGCUCGCUGCAUGGCUUCAAGCAUAUACUACUGAAGGUAGCGCUCUAGUGGCUGAGCGCGUUACGACCAGAAGAGAGAGGUAGCAGAUAUGAAGUUACAUGCUAUCUCUCUCUAGUCGCACAUAACUG